CGCUCUCCAGAACUGUAUAAAUUCACCUGUGCUCACCUAGAACAGCACAUUCACUCUCCUGAAGAAGCUCGCUGAAAAGCCUCCUACCUUCAACCUGAGCUCAGACCGACAGACGAACAGAGACAUGGCCUCUCGAGUUGCAGCCCUGCUCCUGCUUGGAGUCAUCUGUGUUAGUUUCACAGCAGCUGAGGUUCCAAUCGACUGCUGUCUGGAAACCUCUUCAAACCGCUUUCCUCUGCAAAUUGUUGCAAGCCACUCCAUCCAGGAGGCCGGGAAGGGAUGUGACAUCGGAGCUACAGUGAUCAUCACAAAGGUUGGACGCAUCCUGUGCAUCUCCCACCCCAGUGAGCUUUCAUGGGUGCAAAAUUACAUCAAAUAUCUGAACAGGCAAAAAAAACAGGCGUAGAGACGAGGAAGACUAAAGCCGGAGUCUUAGAGUGACCAUGAUGUGCUGCUGAAGACAGAGAGAGUUUGAGGAGAUCAGACGUGAAAGAGUGUCGAGGAAUCAUCUUGUGUUAAUAAUGUAGCACGACUAAAUGUACAGUCCUGAGUGUGUUUCUUUACCUGUGGUGACUGAUCUGUGAAAUUCAACCUGUGUGUACAUUUCUUCUUCCCUUGUUCUUGUGAGUGAAAGCGAUUGUAGAUAUUUAGUUAAGUCUGAUGUGUGUGACAGUGAAACACUAUUGGAUGCUUAUUGUUAAAGAUUUGCAAAAUCUUGCCAACCACAUGUUUAGUUCUCAAGUUUCAGCGCUGUUUGCAUUGUAUUUUGUUGAAAAUGUAAAGAUGAAUUGUGUCAAA